GAUUGGCUAGAUUUUUUUCUCCUGGCGGCGGUAUUCUAAGCCUCGAUUGGUCGUCGCAUUUUGCGUUUCCGCCCUCUCCGGCUUCAGGUUCAACAUCGCUUAGAGAAAAAGAGGCUCGCGAUGAUUGGAAUAUGUAUGCUUGACAGCAUCACUUUUUAGGGUGUCCUUGGAGCGCCUCACCAUGGAAAGUAUACGUUGGGCAUUUUCAUACCGCGCCUGGGCCCCUUGCUGUGAGGAAUGGUUGUUGGCCAUGCGCCUUGUGCAGCCUGAAGAGAAAAAGCGCAUUGAACAGUUUGUUUUUGGUCGGGAUGCCAAAGCUGCUAUGGCUGGCCGCCUGAUGAUAAGAAAAUUGAUUGCGGAAAAGCUGAAGAUUCCUUGGAACAAAAUACAGUUACAAAGGACUUCACAAGGCAAACCUGUCCUUGUAAAUGCAUUAAGCAGCAUCCAAUCCAAUUUCAGCUUUAAUAUUUCUCAUCAAGGAAAUUACACUGUACUUGCAGCGGAACCUGAUUGUCAGGUUGGCAUUGAUAUCAUGAGGACUACAAUGCCAGGAAGUGGUUCAAUUCCCGAUUUCUUUCAGCUUAUGAAACGGCAGUUCACAGAAGAAGAAUGGCAAGUUAUCAAGUCCAUGAAGAAUGAAUGGCUUCAGCUGGAUAUGUUUCAUAGGCACUGGGCAUUAAAAGAGAGCUUCAUAAAAGCCAUUGGUGUUGGAAUAGGAUUUGACCUUCAAAGGAUAGAGUUUAAUGUGUCGCCAGUGGAACUGGAAGUAGGAAAAACAUACAAUGAAACUAUUAUACUCUUGGAUGGUGAAGAAGAAAAGCAGUGGAUAUUUGAGGAGACCCGGUUAGAUGAUUGCCACCAUAUUGCGGUUGCUCUUGGAAGAUCAGGAGAAUUUGGAAAGUACCAUUCUGGGAUGAUUCCCACCAAUAAAACUGCAUUUACAAUACUGACUUUCAAUGAUUUAGUCGCCUCCGCUAUACCUCUUGCACCAGAAGAUCCUGCUUGCUGGGAAAGCUUUUGUUCUAGACAGGAAAUGCCAACACGACAGAGUUGUACCCCAAGAUGAGAGAAGCUGGAUUUCCUGGGGGGGGGGGAUUGAAAGCCUUCAGUGGCUGCAAAAUGUUAUUUUACCAACAGCUAAUUGGUAUGGAAAUGUAUGGCACGAGGGAGAAUACUUGAGGGAAAAAACUUUUUAAAAUUGUUUUUCUUGCUGUGUAUACAUUUGUAAAUAUUUUCCCAUAUCUCUCGGAUUUGAUUUAACUGUUCUUUGGCUUAACUUGUAUAAGUGGCUGGUUCUUCUUUCUCUGUAAUGAAAGAAUUGGUAUAUUUCCAUUGACUCCUACACAUGUAUCAGGGCAUAUAUCUGUUUUCUCUAUUGAAUGGUCUAUGUAAUUGCAGGAGAUAUACAGGGUAAGGGUGCAUGAAAGAACUAUGCUGAUAAGGUAUUAUGUGAUGAACUUCAAUUUCCCCAAUAAUCACCUUAUAUAUAUAUAUUUGAAUAUAUAUAUCUUAUAUAUUCAAAUUUACUACCCAACCAUAUAAUGGAAAUGAGUGGGAGAAGAAAAGUGCAAGGCCAUGUUAACUAUUUCUGUCCCAGAAUAAGUGGUCUCUAGUUGCCUAUCAUGACAGAGAAGACCUAAUUAUGGUGUCCUGUAAUAUUAAAGGAAACACUUAGACCUUAUGCAAGCCUAUCUAUAUAACUUACAGAGUUGCCAAGGUUGGUAUAUCUAAUAAAUGUGGAUGUGAGAAAGGAAAUAAACACAGCAGCUUUUGACUUAUGUGCUGUAUUUCCAGAUAAUGACAAGAAGUAAUGAAAACAAACUCCUGUAUAACAUAUGGUUUAAUAUACCUCCUAGCUAUAACAGUA